GACUCCUGCCCCCGGGCCGCGAGGGAAGUUUUCCAAGCACGGGGCGAAAGGGGGUGGGGGCGAGCUCUAGGCUGGGGAAGCCUCUUCCCUCCUCCCCUCGCCUGGAAGAACAACCGGGAUAUUCACGCGGAGCGGCGCGAUGCCAGGGAAACUCCUCCAGGGGGACCGCGCGGAGAGGCUGCCGAGCCUGCAACCUGCCUUUAAAAGCCCCGCACACGAGAGCCGCCGCUCCGCACAGGCGAGCCGGGGCGCCUGCGAUGAGGCCAGCCGCGUGCUCCUGGGGCCUGGGGCUCCUGCUGGCCGCCGCUCAGCUCUCCCGCCAGCAGCAGCCGCAAAAGAGGCCUGCUUUUACAUGUGGAGGAAUUCUGUCUGGAGAGUCAGGGUUUAUUGGGAGUGAAGGAUUCCCUGGAGUUUACCCUCCAAACAGCAAAUGUACUUGGAAAAUCACAGUGCCUGAAGGAAAGGUGGUAGUUCUGUCUUUUAGAUACAUAGACUUGGAAAGUGACAACUUGUGCAGAUAUGACUUUGUGGAUGUUUACAGUGGUCAUGCCAAUGGACAACGCCUGGGCAGGUUCUGUGGUACUUUCAAACCAGGUGCCCUUGUGGCCAAUGGCAAUAAGAUGUUGGUACAAAUGAUUUCAGAUGCGAACACAGCUGGAAAUGGAUUCAUUGCUAUGUUUUCUGCAGCAGAGCCACAUGAAAGAGGGGAUCAGUACUGUGGUGGACGAUUAGACAAGCCUUCUGGGUCCUUCAGAACUCCUAAUUGGCCAGAUCGAGAUUACCCAGCAGGAGUCACUUGCUCGUGGCAUAUUGUAGCCCCAAAGAAUCAGGUCAUAGAGUUAAAGUUUGAGAAGUUUGAUGUGGAGAGAGAUAACUACUGCAGAUAUGAUUUUGUGGCAGUAUUUAAUGGUGGGGAAAUCAAUGAUGCUAAAAGAAUUGGGAAAUACUGUGGAGAUAGUCCACCUGCGCCCAUUAUAUCUGAACAAAACGAGUUGCUCAUUCAGUUCUUGUCUGAUUUAAGUUUAACUGCUGAUGGCUUUAUUGGUCACUAUAAAUUCAGAGCCAAAAAGUUACCCACAACCACAGCUCCAGCUACGACCACUCCCCCUGCAACAGCAACUUUGAAACCUACAGUUGCCCUCUGCCAGCAAAAAUGUAGAAGGAAUGGGACUCUUGAGAGCAAUUACUGUUCAAGUAACUUUGUAAUAACAGGAACUGCUAUCACAGCAGUCACACGGGACGGCAGCUUACAUGCAACAAUAUCAAUCAUAAAUGUAUAUAAGGAAGGAAAUUUAGCAAUCCAGCAAGCAGGCAAGAAUAUGAGUGCCAAGAUCAUUGUUGUUUGUAAGCAGUGCCCUCUCAUCAGGAGAGGUCUAAACUACAUCAUCAUGGGCCAGCUGGAAGAAGAUGGCAGAGGUAAAAUCCUGCCCAACAACUUUAUCAUGAGCUUCAAGACUAAGAACCAAAAGAUCCUGAACACCUUGAAAAACAAACGAUGUUAAAAUGUGAAUCCUGUACUUGCAUUCUGUCAUCUCUUUGUGAGGGACAAUUUUCAUACAGUAGAAAAUCAGGAAGAUAAAAUUGACCAUAACCAAGAAGAUCUUGUCAGUCUACUGUCCCUUACGUAUAACCAUGUAACUGGCACUGUCAAUUACAUAAAUAUAUAGAGAAUAGAUUCCUAAUUUUAAACUGCAAGAUUUGCAGCAUAACCAUCUGAUCUGAAGCAUACCAAAUUCUGACUCCUUUGAAGCUGUUAAUUUAUACUUGUCUCAGAAGGGUUUUUUUAGGAAUGAGUUAUGUGCAGAUAUAAAAUAAGAAUAAGUGCAAUAUUUAUAGUAAUUCAUUUUAACUUAGCUUUUUCUUCUAAAGUUGUUUUAUUAUAUGGGUUCUUGCAUUAUUAUCUAUGCUUAAUAAAAUAUUUUAAAACCUCA